AUGUCAACAGACGAGGUUACCCUCCCUCUAGUUGACCUCAGUGGAUACAUCAACCCACAAAAGCCAGGCGACAAGGAGCGAGUCAUCGCCGAGGUGAGAGAUGCUUGUGCGCAAUAUGGAUUCUUCCAGACUACCGGACAUGGGAUCCCUAUGAGCCAGCAAAAGGGGUUGCUGAAGAGCAUCGAAACUCUCUUUGGUAUGCCCUUGGAGGAGAAGCGCAAGCUCUCAUUCCUGAACAACCCCUGUCGCCGAGGAUUUGAAGAGUCUGGGGCUUCGCUUCGAGACGGUGAUGCUUUGCCAGACUCGAAAGAGGCAUUUUACAUUGGACGAGAGGACCCCGUCGUAGAGCACUCUGGCUUCUACGGGCCCAAUGUCUGGCCGCCUCUCCCCAACGAGGAAUUCCACGAUCCCGUUUGGGAAUACUACGAAGCAACCCACAAACUCGGCGAAAUCAUCUGGGAGAUUCUUCUCCUUGGCCUCGGACACCCCAUCUCGCUGAUGGAAGAAUUCGCCAAGCGCCCGAUGGUCGUGAUGAAGAUGAUCCGGUAUCCGCCGCAAGCCGGGGAUCUGCCCGGCCAGUUCGGCGUCGGCCCCCACAAAGAUUUUGGCGGCGUCACCGUGCUACUGCAGGAGGCCGGAAAGCACGGUCUGCAGGUCUGGCAUGAGGGCCUGGAAAAAUGGCUGCCUGUCAAGGCCAUGGAAGACGUAUACGUCAUCAACUGCGGAGAUAUGAUUGGCAAGUGGUCUGGGGGCCGGUACAAGAGCGCGAAACAUCAGGUCAUCAACGCGGCUGACAAUGAGCCCCGUCUGUCGUGCGCCACCUUCUUCCAUGGCGAUUUGUUCGCGACGAACCCCCUAGACCCUGCCGACCCUGAACGGGAGACCGUUGGUGCUCUGUUGGUCAAGCGAUUCCGCAACCAGUUUUCUUUCGAUAAGGAACUUAUCGCUGCUGUUGGGGCUUGA